AAUUUGGCGGUUUUAAGCCGGCGUCGUUUUUGGUUUGUGCCGCUUGCCAGUGCUGUGCAGCUUCAUCUCUUUAAGGCGCGGUGUGGAAUGGAUAGAUAUAGAAUUACGCCGCGUGUCAGCGGGAAGGUCUUCUGCCCGAAUUCUCCUACAAAAUUCAAAAUCCUUCUUCCGGACACCCAAAAUUAGAAAUCAUUGAGAGAGAGAGAGAGAGAGAGAGGGAGGAUACUGCGAAGAGCCCACAGCUGAUUAAGUAAAGAGGAACAACAAGAUACACAAGCAGAAUGCUGCAACUGAAUCUUCCGUCUUCUCCUUCUACGCUCGCCCUGCGAAACCCUAGGGUCUGCUCUCUUGGUUCACUCUCCUCGCUAGACAACCUCCUCUGUCCCCACUCCUCUUACUUCUCCGCUGCAAAGUCUCGGAACAAUAAGCUCUCCUUGAACUGCCGCCACUCCGAUUACUUCGAGCAGCAGAAGUUUUCUUCUACGCCCCCGAACGACUCUUCGUUUGCUCGCCACUCUCCAGGAGGAGGAGGAGGAGGAGGUGGAGCAUUGCCGCCUAGGGUUUACGUCGGUCACUCGAUAUACAAAGGAAAGGCAGCUCUGACGGUGGAACCGAAAGCUCCGGAAUUUACUUCUUUAGAUUCAGGGGCGUUGAAAUUGUCGAAGGAAGGUUAUGCUCUACUUCAGUUUGCUCCUGCUUCAGGUGUUCGUCAAUAUGAUUGGGGCAGAAAGCAGGUAUUCUCAUUGUCAGUUACUGAAAUUGGAACUUUAAUUAGCCUUGGUCCAAAGGAAUCCUGUGAAUUUUUCCAUGACCCAUUUAAAGGGAAAAGUGAGGAGGGUCAGGUCAGGAAGGUGUUGAAGGUUGAGCCCCUUCCAGAUGGUUCUGGCCACUUCUUUAACCUAAGUGUUCAAAACAAGCUUAUAAACUUGGAUGAAAGCAUUUACAUCCCUAUUACCAAAGCAGAGUUAGCCGUUCUUGUCUCAGCGUUAAAUUUCAUCUUGCCAUACCUUCUAGGUUGGCAUGCCUUCGCCAAUUCAACAAAGCCAGAUGAUCCCAGCCGUUCAAAUAAUGUAAAUUCUAGAUCUGGGGCAGACUUUGAAUGGAGUAGAUAGCCACACGGAGAAGUUCCACAAUAGAGAAUGAAGUUUUAUUUGGUGGACUUUAGUUUUGGGUUUUCAUAUUUUUCCUGUUGGGGAGAAAUCUCAAAAAUUUUGCGUAUGUUCUGCUAUGCUUGGUUUAGUUGUGGAAUGACGGCAAAUUGAAAGAUGAAGUCAUGUUCCAUCGUCUGCCUGAAACGUUUUGUUCAUUAAAUUGAUCAGUAGCGUAUUGUCUGUUCCACCAAAGGUUUCUGGCAAGGUUGUGUUUUGCCUGUUUAACUUUUUGGGAUCCCCAACACUUUAACAUAUGGAUUUGGGUAAUCUAGAAUUGUUUUACAUUUGUAGCAA